AUGGAGAUAGGGACAGAGGCUCUGACGGCUGCCUCCCUGCAGCUGCGCAUUGGCCGUCUUCUACUACUCCUGCUCGCCAGCCUUCCUUAUGGAUUCCUUCUCAAGAACCACGAGGAUGAUGACUUGUCUCUGGCAACGCCACAGCCCGUGGGAGGCACCCCUGCCCGGAAUGUGUCUGGCUGCCCAUCCAAUUGCACCUGCCCAGCAGAGGAAACGGUGGACUGCGGCGGUCUCGACUUACAUGUUUUCCCUGGUAAUCUCUCCGCAGGCAUCCAGCAUCUGUCACUGCAGAAUAACCGGUUGCGUGAGCUGCCAUACAAUGAAUUGUCUCGACUGUCCAGACUGAGAACCCUGAAUCUCCACAACAACCACAUCACCUCAGAGGGUCUCCCAGAUGAAGCCUUUGAGUCUCUGCAGUCACUUCAGUACAUCUACCUGGCAAACAACAAGCUGACGGUGGCGCCACAGUUCCUCCCCAGCACCCUGCGCAUUGUGGACCUUGCUGCCAACCGCCUGAGUCACAUCUACCCACUCACCUUUGGGCAAAAGCCUGGCCUCAGGUCUGUUUAUAUGCACAACAACCUGGUGAACAACACAGGCUUACCCUUUGAUGCCUUCAAUGGCUCUGAUGCUGUCACCACCCUCAUCUUCUCCAGCAACCGGCUUACCUACGUGCCCCAGAAUUUGCCCCGUGCCAUCUUCCGCCUCCACCUACAGAAUAACCACAUCUCCCGUAUCCCCAAAGGAGCCUUGAGCAGCCAGUGGCGCCUCCGAGAGCUCUACCUGCAGAGCAAUAACCUGACCAACGAUGGCCUUGAUUCCUCCACCUUCAGCAGACUGAAGAACCUGGAGUACCUGGAUCUUUCUAACAAUAACCUGACGCAGGUGCCAGGCGGCCUGCCUGCAAACAUUGUCAUCCUACACCUGGGCCGAAACCACCUCAACACGUUGCCCUCUGAACGCCUGAGCCGCGUGCGGAGCCUGCAAUACCUCCUCCUUCAGGGGAACACCUUGACCGCCACAGGGGUGCAUCCCGAGGCCUUCUCCCGCCUGCGCUCCCUGCACACCCUCCACCUGUACAACAACCGCCUGGAACGCGUCCCGCCUGGACUCCCGCGGAGGGUCCGCUCCCUGAUGCUGCUCCACAACCAGAUUGCACAGAUAGGGCUGCAUGACUUUGCAGCCACCUACGCCUUGGUUGAGCUCAACCUCAGUUACAACCGGCUUUACAGUGCCCACAUCCACCGCUUGGCCUUCCGCAAACUGAAGCGCCUGGAGAUCCUGGACCUCUCGGGCAACCAGCUCACCCUUGUGCCCGCGGGGCUGCCCUCCAGCCUUCAGGUCCUCAAUCUGCAGAAGAACCAGCUCAACUCCCUUUCUCCAGAACUGCUGGUCAACCUCACCGUGCUUAAGGAGCUGCACCUGGCGCACAACCGCCUGCGGAUCAGCAGCAUUUCCCCUGGCACUUGGCAGGAGUUGCACGGACUGAAGCUCCUGGAUCUGAGCUACAACGAGCUGUCCUACGUUCCACCAGAUCUGCCGGAAUCUCUAGAAAAUCUCUACCUACAGCACAACAGGAUUGUGGUCAUUAUGGCUGAAGCCUUCCUCACGACACCCAACAUCCAAGUCAUCACACUCAGAGCCAACCGUUUAUUGGCAGCCAAUGUGUCCGAAGCAGCCUUUGCAGACCUGAAAUGGCUAGAAGUAGUGGAUACAACAGGGAAUCCGGAGCCCAUCAACAUCUCUCUGCUGCAAGCGAGACGCUGGAUCCCCACUCAGACGGGCACCUAGGGAAGCAGCCCGGAGAAGAUCAUCCUCCUAGGCUUGCUCUGCAACCACACCACUUCCCUUGGGCUUCUCAACCAAGAUGGCCCCCGCCUGCCAGUCAGCCAAGAU